AUGAAGAGCACAACAACAGUAGCAGAGAAACCAAAUACAACAAAUUCAUCAUCAUCAUCAUCAUCGACAACAUCGACAAUCAAACGUCAACAACUACUAGAUGGAGGAGCAUUCAAAUUCCAAGGAAAAGAAGAAGUUAGAGAUAUUAGAAAGACAGUGAAACCACCUCAAUACAAGAGAUCACUAUUCAAUGCCUAUGACAUUAAAUUCCAGUUUGAACAUGUCACUGGUCUAAGUAUUUAUACUGAUGAUGAAAAACUCUUUAUUUAUAUAGUAUUAUCUUUGUUUAUAGUUUUAAUGGUUACUGGAAUAUGGAGAUGGAUUGAUAAAUUAAUAAAGUUAUUUUAA